AUGUGCGAACAACCUGGGUAAGAGAAAAGAAAGGAACAGAGUAAUUUAUUGAAGUAUAUAUUCUUUCAGAUCGAAUUCCAAGCAAGUCAUUAAGAUUUGUAAGCAUUCUUGCCACUUUCAUCAUCCGCAAGAAUCACCGAAAAUAAUAAUAGUAGGAACAAUGAGCAUUUGUGUUGUUUUUUUUAAUAAAUUUUUGAAACGUACAUUUUCCGGCGAGUUUCUUUUGAAUGAAAAAAAGGGAAGAUUGGACGGAAAAGUUUGGAAGAACUCCGAAACAUCAACCGGUGUAAGUAAUUAACAAAAGUUUUCCAAUUUUUUGAAAAAAAGUUUUAUUUACAUGAAUGUUUUUCAGGAUUUGAUCGCCACAUUCUAA